AUAGCUAAGAACUGUGCUGAACUGUACAAAUCUGGUCGAAGGGUCAGCGGUGUUUACCCAAUCGACCCAGAUGGUUCAGGCAUCUUUAAUGUAUAUUGUGACCAAACUACAGCCGGCGGGGGAUGGACAGUGAUCCAGAAGAGAAUCGAUGGCUCUGUCGAUUUUAACCGCACCUGGGAUGACUACAAGCAUGGCUUCGGCAACAUGGUCGGUGAAUUUUGGCUCGGACUGGACAAAAUAAACCGCCUGACACGAAACAAGACAAAGAACAAGCUUCGAGUAGAUCUUGGAGUAAAAACUGGCAAAACUGUUCACCCUGAGUAUGGCUGGUUUGGGAUUGGGACCGAGACAGCUAAGUACCGGCUAUACCUUGGCAAAAUCAUAAGUAAAUAGACCUUUUUUUAGCAUUCACCGCUCGAUCUUUAUACAUUACUUCUCUCUCAUCUAAAUCUCGAUCUAAAACUCCACGUGGUCGCAUAAUGUUAUUAGUAAGUAGCAGGGUAGUCCUGAGGUAGACCCGCAUGUUCUGAUUGGUUCUUACUCGGUCGGGUGUUUCGUCCGAGUGCCACAUAACAAAUUUCUUACUAACCUUAUUUUAUUUUAUUUAUUAUUUGUUUUUACGGAUAACUACAAGUUUGAAGCGAUACAGACAUUUUAAGGACCCUUGAAUUAUGCGGAUUUCUUUUGUUCUGUUUUGAAACAGAUGCCACUGUUUCCAAUGAUUCCCUCGGUCCUCAUAAAGGUUUCGUUUUUGGUACCUGGGAUAAGGUUCCUGCUGGUUGGGCUCAAAAAAUAGGAGGAGGCUGGUGGUAUGACAGCUGUAUUACUGAAUGUGCUGUUUCGUCAAAUCUCAAUGGCAUUUAUCCACGUUGUGGAAAUGAAACCUAUCCUAAAGCCGCUAUCCACUGGGGAAAGUUAGAUUCUACUUGUGCCAAGAGAAGCACUCCAAAAUCAACUGAAAUGAAAAUAAGACCAGUGGAAUUUAUGUGCGGGGCUUGA